AUGACAAUCAACGAACUUGAUAUUGAAGACUGCGUUCAAACAGGUUGUCUCGCUCACGGCAAUUUGUACCAUACAGUGUCUGCUCAAGAUCGAAGUUUGAUCCAAGAGCGAUUGCUUGAUUACUACGAUCGCGAAAAACGAACGAAUAUGCCUUGGCGUAAACCAACGCGUACCGAUCUCGACUUUGAGGCUCUCAGCCAAAGAGCAUAUGAAGUUGCUACUGUCAUUGAGUACUACAAGCGAUGGAUGACAACUUUUCCAACGAUGCAAGCAUUGGCGAAUGCCGAUAUUGAGAAAGUUAACGAGCUAUGGGCAGGAUUAGGCUACUACUCUCGGGCACGUCGGUUAUGGGAGGGUGCGCAAAAAGUGUGCAAUGAAUUCGAUGGGUCUUUGCCAAACAAUGCUGACGACUUGCAAAAACACAUCUCUGGUGUUGGACGGUAUACGGCUGGUGCUGUUGCAUCCAUUGUGUUCAACCAGUGUGUACCUGUCGUUGACGGUAACGUAAUCCGUGUUAUUGCUCGUCUGCGUGCCAUUGGUGCCGAUCCUAAGAAAUCCAGUACUGUCGAGUUGUUUUGGGAAAUUGCUGCGAAAUUAGUAUCAAAGGAAAGGCCAGGCGAUUUUAAUCAAGCGUUGAUGGAGCUAGGUGCAACUGUUUGCACUCCACAGAAUCCUCAAUGUGGAUCUUGUCCUUUACAAAGCAACUGUUAUGCUUUUACACAACGAGACGUCUAUUCACGAUUAAAAGCAGAGAAGUUCUGGGAACAAAAGAAGCGCAAACGGGAGGAAAUGGAACAUGAGUGCGCUCAUUGCCCUGAAAUACAAACAGUCUUGCGCGAAGACGAAGAUUAUGCUGUCACUAGAUAUCCGGCAAAGCCAGAAAAGAAGAAGGCUCGAAAUGAAGAAUGCGCAGUCUAUAUCAUCCAACUUGAUUCGAAGUUCUUGAUUUCCAAAAGGCCGGAUACGGGAUUAUUGGCAGGGCUAUGGGAAUUUCCAAGCUUAGAAUUGGGAAGUUUGACCACAACUUACAAUGAACGAGCAGUCAAGGCAAGCGACUAUCUAUGCGAACGUUAUGACCUGGACAUCACUGCAAAGGGAGCAGUAUCACAGAGACAGGAUCUUGGAAACGUUGUGCAUCUUUUUUCCCAUAUUCGCAAGGUGUAUCAUGUCGAAUGGAUCCAUGUUUCGGAGGGAACUGUUGUGGAUGACAAAGAACAAGUCAAGUGGGUCACUAGCGAUGAGUUGAAAACUUCACCUAUUCCUACAGGGCUAAAAAAGGCCCUGGCAUUGUUGGAAAAGUUUCAAAACAAAAAGGUAAGAGAUUUCACAUGGACCUUUUCUCUUCUCAUUCGGUCCCCCUCGUCAUUGGUUUGA